UUAAAAUAGAUCACAAACAGAAAGUAUCGUAGACCAAGUAAAAUCCUGCUUACACAGUAGACCGUACCAUUGGCACGUGAUUUUAACACGUGAAAAGGCAUAAACGUAUUUGACAGAGUAGCCUGUGAUGUGACAAAAGGAUGAGCAAGCGUGAAUCAGGACCGGGGCGCCCUCCCCCACCGAAGAAUAACUCCAUGAAUUUCAGCUUGAAGUCACUGGAGGACCGAGAGGAGGAUGAGGACCUUUUGACCUCUAUGACAGGAGAGCUCGAUAAAAAAGUGUCAGAAAACCGUCGAGUAAAUGAAGAAAACAAAGUACUCGGGCGAGCGGCAGAGGGACGUGCUCCACCCAGGCCGCAAACUGGACCAAAGCUGAAGGAGGAAGACAAGUUUUCCAAAUGGAAGCAGAACUUGUCAGAUAUAUCUGUUGUUGUGCGUAAAAAGGUGUCGGAAAAAUUGGAAGACAUUUCAAAGGAACUUAAACCAGAAGCUGAAACUGAAAGUUCAUCUCCUCCCAAAGUCACAACUAUUAAGCAAAGAAGCAUAGACAAUGCUGACUUGCUGUCUUUUGUCAAGAAAAAGGAGGAUUUUACAUGUGAGAAGUUUUCGGAUGCAGAAGACGAGACUAGUCCCAAAAUCAGGGAAACUGUGGAUGACAUUCAGUUAGUUGACGACUACUUUCAUGAUGUCGCUGAACCCUUGGAAGAUUUCACUGGAGUUCAGUCCCUUCCGGAACUCCGUUUCCGUAACGUUUCACUUCAACAGAAGAUUCGUCGUACCAAGUCCAAUGUCACCACUGGAAUGGUGUCGAUGUCAAAUCUGAAGGCUCGUGCAGAUGUAGUCGCAGAGACAAUAGAAAACGUCAAUACUCAAGAAAACUCUAGUGCUAACUCUCUUUAUCAAACUGUCACUGCAUCAGGCGAGGCAGGAUCUAAUCAGAGCCCAAGUGCCGAGAAGAAAAACGAGACAAGCCUUGUCCCGUGGCGUAAAUUGAUUACAGGUAUUGGUUGUUUAAUUUGUUACUGGAUACUGCCCCUCCCUGCAUAUUUAUCGGGAGUUGUGUUUGGGGUGAUGAUGUCUUCACUAGGGUGGAAGAUUUACAUCUGGAUCACUCAGCCCCCCCGACAGAGAGACAAACCAGAGAUUGUCCCACUGGAUAAACUGCCACCUUUCAUACUGCCCAAUAUGAAAGAAGCUAAAUUUGUAGAUGGAGUAUAUAAGGGUUGGAUGAAUGAAAUCGGAGAAUAUGAUCCUUUCAACCACCAUAUCAACAAUACUCAUCCAGUACAAGUUCUACUGGAAGGGACCACACUGCGUCUUAGGAGACCCAAAACAAACAUCCCAAGGAGAGCAUUGUGGGAUGAAGAGAAACACAUCGUCAAGGAGUUUAUCCAUCAGAGGCAUUUUGACAUAAAAGGAAGCAGUAUUUCUCUAAUGCCACCUGAGCUAGUCACUAAAAGGCUUUGGAGCAAAAAGUAUCCAAUUAAGAUUGCAUUUGCCACUGCUGGAAAGAAAAUAAAGGCCAAGGAUUCAGAAACUUUGGAUGUAGACUCUGGAUUUGAGCUGAUAACGGAGGAGAAGUGUGACGAGGAUGUAGUGUAUUUAUUUGCUAGAACUAGUCGUGACAAAGAAACUUGGUUUAAGAGACUCGUAGCUGCAGCUGAUGGAACCCCCAUGAAGAACCCAAUUGGGCAAAUUCGAAAAUUUUAUGAAACUUCCAAGAAACUGGUUCAGCAGAGUGGCUCAAAUUCUCAAGGUGAUAGCUUGUCUAACAAGCGUCAAGGUUCGGUGGACAGCUUCUCACACAAGCGUCAAGGGUCAACAGAUUCAGUGUCUUCCACUUGUUCAUCUCCCGCCAGCGAAAAGGAGAGCAUUCUGAGCCCAGAACAAGAGAUGGAGAGUUUUGUUCGCUACAUGAGUCGACUCAUGCCUGGAGAAAUGUAUGACAGAUUUGCCACCAUGCAUUCGCGGAAUCAUCAACUGAUAGACUGCGAUGAGCAACUGCUGUGGUUCAAUGCUUUCGUUAGCCGGUGCUUCUGGGAUUUCCUCAGACUGCCUAAUUGGUCUCAGAAGGUCAUGGAGAAACUUCAAAAGAAACUGGAUACCAUUCAUAUUCCAUAUUUUAUUGAAGGAUUGAAUAUCACUGAAGUUGUGCUGGGUAAUGAAAUGCCUGUCAUUCGGAAGGCAUCUAGACCUUACUUUGAUGAGAAUGGAUUUUGGAUUGACCUAGCAGUGAACUAUGGGGGUGGUGCGAGGAUGACAAUUGAGACAAAGGCGAAUCUAAUGAAGCUCAAGGACCCAGUGGCUGGCAAAGACAAAGUAGAAAAAGUCAAGACUAAAAAAUUGGCAAUCACUAAUGAAGAUGCGGAAGACAGCGCUGAGUCCUCCACAGAUGAAGAAGAGGAAGCCGCAGGGGAGGAAGAGAGUAGUGGGAAAUCAGGGCAGAAGUUCAUGCGACUCCUAGACAAGUUUACCCAGUCCAAGUAUGUCCAGUCAGCCAUGGAUCUGAAGUACAUUAAGAAAGCCAUGGAGGGGGUCUCUAACACUCCCAUAGUUCUCACUGUAGAGGUUCACUUCCUGUCUGGAGAGCUGGCACUGAAUGUUCCAUUCCCACCCACCGACAGGCUCUGGUAUGGAUUUAGAGGAAAUCCCAAAUUAACCCUUGUAGCAAAACCUAAAGUUGGUGCUCGACAGGUCACAGUGACCCAUAUCACAGACUGGAUUGAGAGGAAGUUGUCCGUGGAGUUCCAGAGAACCAUUGUGCUGCCUAACAUGGAUGAUCUAGUAAUUCCUUUGUUCAAUGGCUACAAUCCUCAUCAUCCAGAAGACAAAACUACACCAGCAUGAUAAUGACUCUUUCAAUCCUACGCAAAGUGUACUUAUUUAUUUUCGUGUAACAUCAGCGAUUGCUGCACUGAACUGCAACAAGGCUGAAUGAGGGAAAACUUGUUUCUUCUGCUUGAGCUUAAGUUUGGUGAAUCCCCCCAUACCCUCCCACCUAAAGCAAAUGAUGAUUUUUAAAAAAUGGGUUUAAAAAAAAAUCAUAUCUGCAUAUUUACAAAACUCUGUAGCAGUUUAACUUGGGUUAAUAAUAUAACACCAUCUUUUUGCUUGAGCUAACCUCUUCUUAUAUCUUUUUUAUAUAUUUUAUCAUAUUAUUUGGUGAAUAGGUGUUGUACAUACAUGUAACGGUAUGUACAAAACUUCGGUACAGUUCUUUUCCUCCCUCCUUAAGCCCUUAAUUCAUAAGCUUACAGUCCUUGAGCUGUAAACCUGUUCGUGAACCCUGUGAGUCAUGUGACCAAUGUCGUCUGCUGAUGUUAUGGCCUUCCCACAGCUUAGACCCAGCUACCUCUUAUCCUUGGCUAUUUGUGAUCUUCCAGCAAUAAUUUAUUUACAAAAAAUAGAUUUCAGAACAUAGAUUUAACCUAGUCAGUACUGAUAUGCAUGAAAUGAUGCUGCAACAUGUCUUUUUGUACAAUUUCUAAUGUAUAUGAACAUCUAGUUAGAAACAGGGAAAAACAGUCAAUAUGUGAAUUAUUACUUAGCAAUUAACAUGUAAUUUGAGGUUAUACAUAAUCACAUUUCAUGUAUGAUAUCUGGGUGUAUAUUUUUUACAUUUAUAAAGUGAAUUUAAACAAUAUUUUAGUAUAUGAUAUGUUAUUGGGUCCAUAUCGUUUAUAUUUACUACGUACGGCAUAACAUUUUCAUUUCCAAUUUUAUUUCUCCCUUUGUUAAGUUUCUUGCAACUUGUUUCUUUUUUUUUUGUUUCAAAUAUUUUGAUUCAGUAUACCUCUUCCUGCCCUUUUUACAGGAAUUUCUUUUUCAAUAUCCUUCAAACCUUUAAAUUUUAACACUGUUAUAUUUUGUAAUUUUCAUUUGCCUUUUCAACACAUUUGCGGUAAAUGAAUGAAAACUAAGUCUUUUUUAUUUAAUUGAAAUGUCUUGAUGCAUUAUAACUAAUUACCGUAAUCUAAAUUUUGAAUAAAAACAGGCAACUUAAUUGUUAAGCAGGCUUUAUUUUUAUCAUGCUCCACCCAGUUUUUAAGAGAGUAAAACAAAUUAUAGAGGUGGCCAAUGGCCAUGAUUAGUCAAGGGAUUUUUCGCUAUUGCCAAAAAUUGAUAGCAUUAUGGAAAUCAUAAAACUGUAUUAACUUAUAUACUUGUAUUCAGGUUCUGGUUGAAAAUUAAACUUGCAGUACUUGCUGAAUAUAUAUCUUUUAUUGAAGUUUGUAGAUUUUUUAUUUAUUAUAUGUUAUGAAGUUCUUGGAAAUUAACAAGUUUGUUAUUAUAUAUAUAUGUACUUGAUAUGUUGGAUACGUCUUAUAUUACUUGAUUCUUUACAAUUGAAUGUCUCUAAUUUUAGUGCAACAGAGUUCAUUUACAUUGUUAUUACAUUGCAUAGCUAGUUUGAUUUGUUUGCUGAUAUCCGUUACAAGUUCUUGGUAAUUUUAUCUCUAUCUGAAUAAUAAAUUAUACUGUUGUGUGAACUGUAUUGAGCCAAUGGUGCCAUAUGAUUGAGUAUACUCUUGUUGCUAAUAAAAGAACCAAAAAAUACAUUAAAGCUUCAGAGUAAA